AUGGGUGACUACUCGAAAGCACUUGAAUUUUACGACAAAGCACUUAAAAUAGAAGAAAAAACUCUGCCUCCGAAUCAUCCCUUAUUGGGUACUUCAUACAACAACAUUGGUCGAGUGUAUGGCAACAUGCGUGACUACCCGAAAACACUUGAAUUUUACAACAAAGCACUAAAAAUCGUCGAAAAAACUCUGCCUCCGAAUCAUCCCGAUUUGGCUGCUUCAUACAGCAACAUCGGUACUGGGUAUGACAACAGGGGUGAGUACUCGAAAGCAUUUGAAUUUUACAACAAAGCACUUAAAAUACAAGAAAAAACUCUGCCUCCGAAUCAUCCCUCAUUGGCUACUUCAUACAACAACAUCGGCCUGGCGUAUUACGGUAUGGAUGACUACUCGAAAGCACUUGAAUUUUACGACAAAACACUUAAAAUACAAGAAAAGACUCUGCGUCCGAAUCAUCCCGAUUUGGCUGCUUCAUACAGCAACGUCGGUGCUGUGUAUGACAGCAUGGGUGAGUACUCGAAAGCAUUUGAAUUUUACAACAAAGCACUAAAAAUCUUCGAAAAAACUCUGCCUGCGAAUCAUCUCUCAUUGGCUACUUCAUACAACAACAUCGGUGCUACGUAUGCCGGUAUGGGUUACUACUCGAAUGCACUUGAAUUUUACGACAAAGCACUUAAAAUAGAAGAAAAAACUCUGCCUCCGAAUCAUCCCUUAUUGGCUACUUCAUACAACAACAUGGGUACUGCGUAUUCCGGUAUGGGUGACUACUCGAAAGCACUUUCAUUUUUAGAGAAGACACUUGCUAUUCGACAAAAAUCACUUCCACCAACACAUCCUGGUAUUAAGCGAACGAUAGAUAAUAUUGACUAUGUGAAAAAGAAGAUGUAA